UGAAGACUUAAUAUAAAUAUAUAUAUAUGUAUGUACACAUACACAUAUGCACAUCUACAUAACAUACAUUUUUCUGCAUUAUGUUAUUACUGUUAGACUAAAAUAAAGAUACAUAUGUAAUGAGAAUCAUAGUGCAACUUAUAUUUCUGUUCAAAUUUAUCGUGCGAAUUUCGAAAUUACUUUCAAAAUGUUUUGAUAAUUGUUUAUAAUAGAAGUUUGAAUUAUAUAUCAGCAUACUUCGUACCAUAGAUGUCAAAACAAUUAAUUUUCCUCCGUGUAGAAUAACAUUUGUAUGUGACAUUUUUGCAAAAUUGACUAGUAUUUACUCGAAAAAAUGGCAGUGCCAGUGAUGCCGUGCACGUACGAGUUCUCCAAAGGCCAUGGCACCGGCGUGGCGGAAGCACUUGGAAAUUGGGGCUUUUCCAAUCGAGUAUGCAACUCUGGUCAAGAGCUGCAGCGUUUGAAGUGUCUUUUCGCAGAAAUGGACUCUUUACGCAGUCAAGAUAAAAAUACAAUAAAAUGUGUUAAGUACAAUCCGAGAUACGAUCCUAACACCUGGUAUAUUAAGCCCACUCCCGAUGAAUGUAAGCCGGCAUGGACGUUUCCCGUGAAGAGACCAUUGAUUACUUAUUCCUCAACUGCCACAACUAUGAAGGUCUCGAAUUUAAACGACAUUGGAUCAGAAAUAACGCACGUUAUACCUGGCCGCAACUACGUUCAUCAAGGUACAACUAAAUGGUACCGCCGAGGUCCAGACUGUUGCUAUCAACCUAGCUGUUUAGCCCCACAAUGCCCUGUGCCAUAUUGUUAUAAAAUUUGUUAAUUUUAAUAGUUAAUAACAAUUAUUUGUUAUAUAUAAAAUCAAUUUUAUUCGAAUAGAGGCUACGAGAAAUUAGUUUCAGCUUUCUAAAAAUAUAAAUUUCUUACUCGUAGAAAUUAAUAAAUAUAACAAUUUAUACAAAGCACUUAAAAAAAUCAUGUGUCUUUGCACAUGAAAGAAAACAUAAGGACAUAAGUAAUGGAGCAAUUAAAAUAUAAAACAAUGAUAUCAGAGAGCGGUGAAGUUGUUCAAUUUAUUUCUCAUUUUAACAAACACAGUGUCCCAAACUUUAGCGCGUUGUGUGAGAACAAUUACAUUAUCGUACGGUGGGGCAAGUGACUUAAUUGUUUGACACUGCAAGAUUUUUCAUUCUGCGCGUGAUAUUCCGGUGAAUGAAACAUCUCUAAACACUAGUUAGCAUUACAACAAUGUACACUAAUUCGAAUUCCUUAAUUAGAAACCGAUCUACAAAUAGCAGUUUGUUAGAUCCCUAAGUAAGGAGCUCUUGUGCUACCUUUGCGAUGACAUUGCAAUAUAAGAAAGCUUUUCGAGAGAUUUUUAUGUA